UGGAUUACUUUUGCUUUCUUAAUUAAUAAAGCAAUAAUUCUCACUAUAAUUAGGAUCGAGUUGAAUGUGAAAUGAUGUGGGAAGAGAUGAAGAAUUGAAAAUGAAUGGGGUCAUGGUGCUUAGCUGUAGGUUUCUAUAUCUUAGUGGCGUGUCCCAUCACAUAAAAAGGAAGAAUAGGGAAUAUAUUGUUAAAUCUCCAAAAGUUCCUUGCAAGCCUCUAUAUCUUGUUCUUUACUGACAAACGAGCAUUAUUUUUUAGGCCUAUUCCCUCUCUCUCUCUCUUUCCCUCUCUCAUCAACUGCUUGCAUUUCAUAAAUAUCUCUUCCAUCUAUUUAGAUUUCUUUCAGACAUCUAGGCUUAAUAAUUGAUGGGUCUUCCUCAAAAUCCAAGCCCUCCUCAUCAAUAUCCCCAAGAAGUUCAACUUAAGCUCUAUCAAGCUUUCAUAUUCUCAAUCCCUGUCCUCUUUUCCAUCAUAUUGUUUCUUCUGUUUUAUUUGUUUUACCUCAAGAAGAGGGUCUCCGGCCUCUCAUCACCUCCUCCAAUACUUCCAAGGACUCUGAAUCAAGCCACUUCUUUUGCCCCCUUGACUUUUGGGGCAGAGGUGAAACACAAACUUCCUGUAGUCUUGGUUGAUGAAGAUUUAAGAGCAAAUGAUUCACAAUGCAGUGUUUGCCUCGGAGAAUUUGAGAUGCAAGAGGAGUUGCGCCAGGUGCCAUCUUGCAAGCAUGUGUUCCAUGUAGAAUGCAUUAGCCUCUGGCUCCAGCUCUCCAACAACUCCACUUGUCCACUUUGUAGAUGCUUCAUUGAUGUUCCGGCAGCCAAGCUUGAUAACCCAGAGCCAGAGCUAGAGCCUGCUAAUAUUGGAGCUGAAUCACAGAGGCAGGAUCACCUUCAGAGGUUACCUCCAGAACAGCAGCAAUAAGAAGAUGAUAAUGAUAAGUUCUCUUUGGCUCAAUUGUUACAAAUCAUUCGAAAGAAUCAUCCAUGAAGCGGGUGAUUCAUCCGGGUCCAGGUUAGCUCAAUCCAGUUGACGGUUCGAUGAAAAUCAUAGCCCUGUUCUUAUAGUUGUAUGCAUAAUACAUGCAUAUGAAAAAAAAUUGCUUGUUCUGCGUUAAAUAAUGAUCAAAUCUUGCUGGAGGUUGAUAGUGAAAUCAGUGAUCCCUCCUUUAACUCCUAGAAUUUCUUAUAUAGAAACCACGUAGCCAAGAUGAUGUGUCUCCUCUUUCACAUCUACUCACUCAUUACAAAGAAAAAUGUAAUUAAUUGUAGUGAUUUAUAAUUGUAAAACUGUCACCGGCAUGCUAUGCCUCUGUACAGAAGUUCUAUAAAAUGUAAUUUUCCUUAAUUGUAGUGAUUUAUAA